AUGACUGACGACAGUGAGAUCCCAAAGGAACUCAACAUCGUUGAUUUUGAAGGCCCAGAUGAUGUGGAGAACCCAUUCAACUGGCCUACGAAGAAGAAAGCGCGUCAGCUGGUCCUGAUGUCUUUCAAUACUUUCAUUACUCCAUUGGCCUCGUCGAUGUUUACCCCAGGUGUCAGCGAUGUCAUGAAAGAGUUCAAUGUCACCAGUAGCAUGUUGGGUUCUUUUGUUGUUUCCGUCUACAUUCUGGGCUAUUGCUUUGGACCCUUCAUUAUCGCACCCCUCUCUGAGAUUUACGGUCGCCUUGCAUUAUACCACGUUUGCAAUAUAAUAUUUCUCAUCUUCACCAUUGCUUGUGCUGUUGCUCAAAGUAUGCCGCAGCUGAUCGUCUUCCGUCUAUUUGCGGGUAUGGCUGGCGUCUGUCCAUUAACUAUUGGUUCUGGUACAGUCGCCGACAUGGUCCCGAAAGAAAAGCGCGCCGGCAUCAUGGCCAUCUGGGCGAUGGGUCCUAUUCUUGGCCCAGUUGUGGGUCCUGUCGCAGGCGGAUUUUUGGCCGAAGCGGAAGGGUGGCGUUGGGUGUUUUGGGUGAUUUCUAUUGCAACUGGGGCAAUGAUAAUCUUCACAAUGAUAUGGUACCGCGAAACUUAUGCGCCCGUCCUAUUGAAGCGCAAAGCUGCCCGUCUUCGCAAGGCCACUGGGAAUCCUCAUCUUCGGUCAAUUCGUGACACCGGCGAAUCUAUUUCUCAGCUGUUCUUGUCAGCAUUGGCGCGCCCGUUGAAGCUGCUCUUCUGCUCCCCUAUCGUCUCCUUGAUGGCACUGUUUUCAGCUACCAUAUACGGCUACCUAUAUCUCAUGUUCACCACCAUCACCUCGAUUUUUGAAGAGAAGUAUAACUUCUCCCCUGGUAUUGCCGGGCUUGCAUAUCUAGGAUUCGGCAUCGGGUGUAUGAUCGGGCUCAUCGUCACUGGAAUUGCGGCAAACAGUAUCGCCCGUAGACAUGUGAAACAGGGUUGUUUUAGACCAGAGUCGCGCCUGCUACCGAUGAUGGUCGGCUGCUGGUUUAUGCCCGUGGGCUUGUUCUGGUAUGGCUGGUCGACACAGUCGGGAGCCCACUGGAUCGUGCCCAUCAUCGGCACUGGCUGCUUCGCCAUUGGGCUCAUGGCUGUGUUCUCAGCCGUCAGCACCUAUCUGGUUGACUCGUAUCUACGCUACGCUGCAUCCGUUACGGCAGCCAACACGGCGCUACGGUCGCUGGUUGGUGCUUUGCUGCCGCUAGCUGGGCCCUCAAUGUAUAACGCGUUGGGUUUAGGUUGGGGUAACUCCCUCUUGGCAUUCAUUGCACUGGCAAUGUGUGCAGUACCGUUCAUUUUCUGGAAAUAUGGAGCGAAAAUUCGCACCCAUCCACGUUUUCAGUUGAAGCUUUGA